AGUACCAGAGACGCACAGAGCCAGCCUGCCCUAGGGCACCUCAGGAGGGAACCUGCAGGAGCUUUGUGACACUGAGAAUGUCGGAGACCUCCAGGACCACCUUUGGAGGCAGGAGAGCCGUCCCCCCCAACAACUCCAAUGCGGCAGAGAACGACCCCCCCACUGUGGAGCUGCAGGGCCCAGUGCCCCGGGGCGUCAACCUGCAAGACUACCUUAAUGUCACAAAUGUUCACCUGUUCAAGGAGAGAUGGGACACCAACAAAGUGGAUCACCACACUGACAAGUAUGCCAGCAACAAGUUGAUUGUACGUAGAGGACAGUCUUUCUACAUCCAGAUUGACUUCAAUCGUCCAUACGACCCCACAAGGGAUCUCUUCAGAGUGGAAUAUGUCAUUGGUCUCUACCCUCAGGAGAACAAGGGAACGUACAUCCCGGUUCCUGUCGUAUCGGAGCUUCAAAGUGGCAAGUGGGGGGCCAAAGUUGUCAUGAGAGAGGACAGGUCUGUCCGACUGUCCAUCCAGUCCUCUCCGGAGUGCAUUGUGGGGAAAUUCCGCAUGUACGUUGCUGUCUGGACCCCCUAUGGAAUAAUCCGCACCAGCCGAAACCCAGAAACAGACACGUACAUUCUCUUCAAUCCUUGGUGUGAAGAGGAUGCUGUGUACCUGGAUAAUGCUAAAGAAAGAGAAGAGUAUGUCCUGAAUGACAUCGGAGUUAUUUUUUAUGGAGACUUCAGUGACAUCAAGAGUAGAAGCUGGAGCUAUGGUCAGUUUGAGGAUGGCAUCCUUGACGCUUGCCUGUAUGUGAUGGACAGAGCAAAAAUGGACCUCUCUGGCAGAGGGAAUCCCAUCAAAGUCAGCCGCGUUGGGUCUGCAAUGGUUAACGCCAGAGAUGAUGAAGGUGUCCUCAUUGGAUCCUGGGACAACGUCUAUGCCUAUGGCGUCCCCCCAUCAGCCUGGACCGGAAGCGUUGACAUUCUAUUAGAAUACCACAGUUCUGAAAAUCCAGUCCGGUAUGGUCAGUGCUGGGUUUUUGCUGGUGUUUUUAACACAUUUUUGCGAUGCCUUGGGAUACCAGCAAGAAUCGUUACCAAUUAUUUCUCAGCCCAUGAUAACAAUGCCAAUUUGCAAACGGACAUCUUCCUGGAAGAAGAUGGGAACGUGAACUCCAAACUCACCAAGGAUUCAGUGUGGAACUACCACUGCUGGAAUGAAGCCUGGAUGACAAGGCCUGAUCUUCCCGUUGGAUUUGGAGGUUGGCAAGUCGUGGAUAGCACCCCCCAGGAAAACAGCGAUGGGAUGUAUCGGUGUGGCCCGGCCUCUGUUCAAGCCAUUAAGCACGGUCAUAUUUGCUUCCAGUUUGAUGCACCCUUUGUGUUUGCAGAGGUCAACAGCGAUCUUGUUUACAUUACAGCUAAGAAAGAUGGCACUCAUGUGGUUGAAACUGUUGACUCAACCCACAUUGGGAAAUUAAUUGUGACCAAACAAGUUGGAGGAGAUGGCAUAGAGGAUAUUACUGACACUUACAAAUUCCAAGAAGGUAAAGAAGAAGAGAGAUUGGCCCUAGAAACUGCCCUGAUGUAUGGGGCUAAGAAGCCCCUCAAAACAGAAGGCGUCAUCAAAUUGAGGUCUGACGUUGACAUGGACUUUGAAGUGGAGAAUGCUGUGCUGGGAAACGACUUCAAGCUCACCAUCACCUUCCGGAACAAAAGCCCCACCCGUUACACCAUCUCAGCCUAUCUCUCGGGCAACAUCACCUUCUACACGGGGGUCUCCGCGGCAGAAUUCAAGAACGAAACAUUCAACGUGACGCUGGAGCCCUUGUCCUUCAAGAAAAAGGAGGUGCUGAUCAGAGCGGGCGAAUACAUGGGCCAGCUGCUGGAACAAGCGUCCCUGCACUUCUUCGUCACAGCUCGUGUCAAUGAGACCAGGGAUGUUCUGGCCAAGCAGAAGUCCACUGUGCUGACGAUCCCCAAGGUCAUCAUCAAGGUUCGUGGGGCUAAAGUGGUUGGUUCCGACAUGAUUGUGACGGUUGAGUUCACCAAUCCUUUAAAAGAAACUCUGCAAAAUGUUUGGAUACGCCUGGAGGGUCCUGGAGUGAUAAAACCCAAGAGGAAGAUGUUCCCUGAAAUCCGGCCCAACUCCACUGUGCAAUGGGAAGAAGUGUGUCGCCCUUGGGUGUCUGGCCCUCGGAAGCUGAUAGCCAGCAUGACCAGUGACUCCCUGAGACAUGUGUAUGGAGAGCUGGAUUUGCAGAUUCAAAGACGACCUUCUGUGUAAAGGCACAGGGGGCUGAAAUGGACCCAGACACUUGACCUCUUAUAGUCUUGGCUAAGAGAAUUCUAAUGCAAAAAUAGUCAGCUCUUGCUUUAACUUAGGUAUGAAGACCCAAAUAGGACUGAAUAGAGCCCCAGAGUGGGGAUGCCAUGUAUUUCAAAGACACACUUUUCCAAACCUGGGCUGUUCAGUGUGGAAGUUAGUUUUUAAUCACUCUACCCUCCAAAGGAUUCUGAGCAUUAGCUUUAAUUAAGCUCUAAUUAAGCUCUCAGAGCUCCUAAGAGUAAAAGUCAUCAUUUAUCAUCACAUACGGCUGCAGCUUCAAAUAUCAGAGGACUUCCCUUAGCAAAAGGGUUUGCUCAAUACCUGGCCUUACGUAAAACAAGACUUCUGAUCCCCACUCAGCCUUUUGGGGGUAACAUACUCCCUAAAAGGAAGGGAAGCACGUGAUUUGGGCCCUAGAACUGUAUUCCCCUUACUUGAAAUCAGAUUCUACUCUCUAUGUCAGAAUAUGUUUCCCAGGAAUUGAGUACAACAUCAUUUUUCUUCUUGGCAAAGCUGGGGAAAGGUCUUUCAUCUUGCACCUGUGGUAAAGUGACUGCCUGCCAAAUUUCACAGAUUUACCUUGUGAGAAAAUGUGGCCCCAUAUUAACAAAUUGCAUUUGUGGGAAACUUAAUCACCUAAGAGGAGAUAAGAAAGCAGGUGCAAUACUCAAAUCUAUUAAAUAAUAUGUAAUUUUAUGGUGCAUUUUAUAGGAGGUAUCGCACUGACACCACUGACCAGGUGGCCUGAUCAGCAGGAACGAAUAUCCCUUGCAUUCCUGGGCUGCAGUACUAGAAAGUCAUGAGGCUGAGUUUGGGACAGGAGGCAUGAGGAAUUAGUCUCUCUAAUUAGUGAUAAUUAGAGAGACCACCUAGCUCUCUGGGAUCCUCUACUUCACACAAUGACGCAAGCCCAGGUACAUUUUUAGAGGUAGAAUAAGCCCAACAGUUUGGAGAAGCUGACACAGUAGUGACCAGACACGUAGAACAAUGGGCAGCCACUAAUUUUCUGUUGUCCUUCACACAGUUCAUGCUGAAACCUCAGCUCAGCACUCAGGUGCUGAAAGGCUAUAUGGACCCCACCUUGCAAAUAGCCAGUGCUCCUGAAAACCCAAUGACAGAGGACGCUGACAUCGUUUGCAUUGUACUCCAAGGUUCCAACAGACAAAGCUACCUAAUAUUUAUUUGCAAGGCUGAUAUAUGGUCAGAAUUACCCAUUGAUAUGUCUAGGGUGUGAUUUAGGUCAGUAAAUUGUGAUUCUUAGCAAACAAACAAAAAAGAUCAGUGGGAAGGAAGCUGAGGGAAAAGCCAGAAUUGAAUUCUCUCAUCUAUGUAACCACAUUUCUAUGCCUUUGAGACUGUUCCUGAGCCUUCAGCACCGGGAAUCCGUGAGGGUUGGCUGGUCCCUCUGUAGGUACAUCAUACCUAACUCUAUUAAGUAAUCUCCCAGCAUUUGCCAAGCCUUCCAAUACUCAAUUUUAAAAUAAGAUGCAUUUUGCUAGACUGUUAAACUGGCUUAAUGUAGUAUAUUCCUAUCAACUAGAAUGUAAUCAAAGCUUAAAAUAAAGUUAAUCUGAUUGUAUUUUCAUCUGC